AUGUCUAACCAAUCCGCCGGUUGCCCUCUCUUCUUCCCGUCGCUCUCCCUUCCCGUCGCGCUCCCUUCCCGUCGCCCUCCCUUCCCGUCGCCCUCCCUUCCCCUCUGCCUCCCUUCCCGUCGCCUUCCCUUCCCGUCGCCUACCCUUCCCGUCGCCCGCGCUUCUGUUCCGUCGCCGUCCGUUCGUCUCGUCCCCCUCCCUUCCGCUCGUCCGCUGCUCUCCCCGUCAAUUUCUCUCCCCGUCGCCCACGCGUUCCCUGUCAAUUCACUCUCCGUCGCGCUCGCUUUCCCCGUCAUUUCUCUCUCCGUCGCGCAUGCUUUCCCCGUCGCCCUGCCAUCCACUGCUCGUCGACCUCGCCUUCCCUCCCGCCUCCCUUCCCACCUCGCACACAAGUCACCCUACGUAUUCUCCCCCUACUCCCUCUUAUCCCUCCCGCUAAUAAUCGCCUUCCUUCCCCCCCCCUUCCCUUCUUCCCCAUGUCCCCUUCCCUUCUUCCCCAUGUCCCCUUCCCUUCUUCCCCAUGUCCCCUUCCCUUCUUCCCCAUGUCCCCUUCCCUUCUUCCCCAUGUCCCCUUCCCUUCUUCCCCAUGUCCCCUUCCCUUCUUCCCCAUGUCCCCUUCCCUUCUUCCCCAUGUCCCCUUCCCUUCUUCCCCAUGUCCCCUUCCCUUCUUCCCCAUGUCCCCUUCCCUUCUUCCCCAUGUCCCCUUCCCUUCUUCCCCAUGUCCCCUUCCCUUCUUCCCCAUGUCCCCUUCCCUUCUUCCCCAUGUCCCCUUCCCUUCUUCCCCAUGUCCCCUUCCCUUCUUCCCCAUGUCCCCUUCCCUUCUUCCCCAUGUCCCCUUCCCUUCUUCCCCAUGUCCCCUUCCCUUCUUCCCCAUGUCCCCUUCCCUUCUUCCCCAUGUCCCCUUCCCUUCUUCCCCAUGUCCCCUUCCCUUCUUCCCCAUGUCCCCUUCCCUGCAUCCCUGCAGGGUCUCCUCGCCCGCCGCCCCACUUUGCUCAACCCCGACAUUUCACGCGCCCUUAUGUCCCCCUCCCGCCACAGUCCAUUCAGGCCAAUGCACUCCCCCCACCUCCUUCUAUCUGCAUCCCCUCACAUCCCCCUCCCCAUCCCCCUCCCCACCACCAGGCGCGCGCCCUGCUAGCAUGCCAUCGGUCGCCGCGCUAUCACUGUGCUGGCCUAUGCCCACUCUUGUCCAUGUGCAUGCUUUUCCAUGUGCCUGCUUGUUUGCUUCAUCUCACUGCCUUGCUUUCUCCCACUGCCAUGCUUGCUCUCACUGCCAUGCUUGCUCUCACUGCCAUGCUUGCUCUCACUGCCAUACUUGCUAUCACUGCCUUGCUUGCUCUCACUGCCAUGCUUGCUCUCACUGCCAUGCUUGCUCUCACUGCCAUACUUGCUAUCACUGCCAUGCUUGCUCUCACUGCCAUGCUUGCUAUCACUGCCAUGCUUGCUCUCACUGCCAUGCUUGCUCUCACUGCCAUACUUGCUAUCACUGCCAUGCUUGCUCUCACUGCCAUGCUUGCUAUCACUGCCAUGCUUGCUCUCACUGCCAUGCUUGCUCUCACUGCCAUGCCCGCCACCCCACUUUGCUCUCCCGUCUGCUGCCACUUCUGCCAGUGCGCUCCUCGCCCUUCCUGCUGCCCAUUUAUUCCCGCCCCGCUACUUCCCCUCACCCCGCUGCGUUCAGGACAGAGUCUAUUCCCCCUCUGCUUCCCCCCUUCCCCUCCACAGUCUAGUGCACAUGCCUCACGAGCGGCGGGAACCGAACGUGACAACCCCUCCUUGCUCCCUCUCUCCCCGCCUGCCUUCCUCCCCCUCCUGCAUCCUUCGUUCCCACCCGCCUCCCUCCCUGCCCGCCUGCCUCUUUCUCUCCCCACCUGCCUCUUUCUCUACCCACCUGCCUCUUUCUCUCCCCACCUGCCUCUUUCUCUCCCCACCUGCCUCUUUCUCUCCCCACCUGCCUCUUUCUCUCCCCACCUGCCUCUUUCUCUCCCCACCUGCCUCUUUCUCUCCUCCUCUGCCUUUGCAUUGUAUGCAUAG